UCUUUGACCUGCACGGUUCAGUGCUUCGUCCUGAGAGGGUUGUUCUUCGUCUGCGUUUCGCUCGCUGUCCGACGCUUAGUUCCGAAGCCGCACUGUGAGCCCAGUUGUCCAGGACCUCCCAUUCAACAGCUCUGCAACCGGCGUCACCAGCUCAUCAGCACUGAGAAAAAUGGCACUUUACAAGGAGCGGCUAAAUGCGUUAGUUGUGAAACUUCAUGAAAUCAAUGUUCUGAAGUUUGGUGACUACAAAAUGAAAAGCGGAAUGCAUUCACCAGUUUAUUUUGACCUACGCAUCAUUGUCUCCUAUCCUAAAGUUUUGGCAGAAGUCUCGAACCUGAUUUGUGAGUUCGCGAAGAACUCGUUGGGAAACUGCGACCAUGUUUGCGGUGUGCCGUAUGCAGCAUUGUCCAUAGCUACUCUGGUUGCUGUCGGCGCGGACAAGUCCAUGUUAAUUCGACGCAAGGAGGCCAAGGACUACGGAACGAAACGAAUGGUGGAAGGCUGUUACAAUCCUGGAGAUUCCUGCGUCAUUGUCGAGGACGUCGUCACGAGUGGGCUGAGCAUCGUGGAGACUGUCGGGGAUUUAGAACGCGAAGGCUUGAAGGUAACUGAGUCUAUUGUUGUUGUUGAUCGCGAGCAAGGGGGAACAGAGCGCUUGGCCUCCCAGGGUCUAAAGAUGCGUAGUCUGGUGACUCUUACAGAGAUAAUGCAUAUAUUGCACGAAGCUGGAAAGGUGGAUAAGGCAACUGUGACCAAGGUGAAGACCUACCUAACUGAGAGCCGAGUUCCCAUUCCGUCAGACAGAGUGCCAGGCUCUCUUGCUGUAAAGCAGACAACGGAUGAAAGGCUGAAGAUGACCUUUGACGCCAGAGCUGAGAAGUCUACGAACAUGAUGUCUGCGCGAUUGUUGCGGCUGAUGGCAACGAAACGAACUAAUUUGUGCGUCGCUGGUGAUUUACGCAGUUCUGCUGCAGUUCUGCGACUAGCAGACGCUGUUGGCCCUUAUAUUUGUGUUUUUAAAACGCACGUUGACGCACUCGAUGACUUUUCUGGUCAAUUUGGACCUCAGCUAUGUGAGAUCGCAAAGACUCACAACUUUUUGAUUAUGGAAGACAGGAAAUUCGGGGAUAUUGGGAACACAGUCAGCUUGCAGUACGGUGCCGGCAAUUUCAGUGUUGCUGCUUGGGCUGAUUUGGUGACAGUGCACGCUCUGCCCGGUCCUGGCAUCAUCGAUGGUCUUGUCAGCUGCCUGGAGACUCACCGCGCGCACCUGAAGGACCGUGCCUGUUUCAUCGUUGCUGAGAUGAGCUGCAAGGACGCUCUGACCACAGCGUCGUACCGAUCAGAGGCCAUGAAAUUAGCGGAGACUCGGGUAGAUUUUGUGGCUGGAGUGGUGAGUCAAUCGGCCUCUGGGAUACCUUCCCCAGGAUUGAUCCAACUGACACCGGGUGUUCGCGCCGGAGUUAACGGAACGCCACAAAGUGACUCCGAUGGCUUGGGUCAGCAGUACAAUUCACCUCGCCAUGUUGUUCUGGAAAGAGGUGCCGAUGUCGCUGUCGUCGGACGAGGAGUGACGGAAGCCCCCGACAGUGCAGAGGCCGCCAAGUUCUACCGCGACUUACUUUGGGAAGCUUACUUAGAACGCGUAAGUGAAUGAAUGACAGGGCUCAAUUGCACUCUCAGUCCCGUGUUGACUUUUUAUCUCUUUGCCACAAAGUUUUUUGUGCAACCUUAAUAUGU